AUGGCCGAUGCGCACCUCAAGACGACGUCCAGGACGGUGACCGACACAAUCUACGGGGAGCACACCCACACUAUCGUGGGGUACAGCCUGAUAAAGGGCAUAGGAGACGGGGAGCCCAUAGCCAGCGAGCGGUUCACGGUCGGGGGCCACGAGUGGGUUCUGUUGUUCUACCCCGAUGGCAAGCGAAGCUCCUCGGAAACACAGGCUGCCCCGGCGCAGCACGCAAUGCCGCCCAAUCUGCCCCAGCCCGUCCCGGCUGCGCAGGGCAGGGCAGGGGCUCCGGAUCCCAUGAUGAUGCUGCCAGGCCGGCAGGUUGCAGGUGCUGGCGAUCAACAGGCUCCGGGCGGGGGAGCGAUGGCUGGGGGGCAGAUGCAGCAGUUCCCACCCCAUCACCAUCUGAUGGUGCCGGGAGUGCCUCCCCAGGUGGUGCCACCAGCCAUCCACCGGCACGUGAGGAGAGACGCAGCCAGGAGGGUGUUCGGGGAGGAGAAUGAAUAUGCUGCUCUGUUUGUGGCAUUGAUCGGGGAAGGGGCCAGUCCACAGGGUGUGGUCAGCACCAGCGAUGGCAAGGUUGUCAGAGCCUUCCACAGGUUUACACUGGUCGAUCAAACAGGCCAGGGCAGGGACAUCACAAAGGGACGGCUGCGAGAGGCGGGAGCUGUCAAGAUCAGCUGCGCAAGGCAGGACCCCAAUGCCAGGAACUGCCAUGGUUACAGGAAGUUUGUUCGCCGCUCCACUUUGGAGGACCCCUCAAAAGGCUACUUGGUUGAUGACACUGUGGUGAUCAAGUACUCCAUAGAGUUGGUGGUCACUCAAGGUGGGGCGCUGACCCGGUGUGUGACCACCAACCAUGUGAAGUCUGAGCUCAUCAAAGUCCCGCCGCCCGUGCUGGGCAGGGACCUUGCCACCCUGCUGGACAGCGGGAAGGGAGCCGAUGUGAAGAUCACAGUGGAGGACGAAACUUUUGAGGCACAUAGAUUCAUCCUGGAAGCACGGUCGCCAGUGUUUCAUGCACUUCUCAACAUCCCCAUGCGAGAGGGCUCUGAGGGCGUUGCUGACAUCAAGGACAUCCAACCACCAGUCUUCAAGGCACUCCUCUUCUUCAUGUACACCGACUCGUUGCCAGACGAGCUCGAGGAUGGGCAGAUGGACGCCGCGAUCGCCCAGCAUUUGUUGGAGGCGGCUGAUCGGUAUCAGCUCGUGCGGCUGCGCCGUAUCUGUGAGAGGAGACUCUGCCAGACGGUGGAUGUGGACACAGUUGCAACAACACUGACGCUGGCAGAGCAGAACCACGCAGAGGAAUUGAAGCGCGUGUGCUUGGAUUUUGUUGCUCGAAAUCUGUCGGCCGUGAUAGCCACAGAUGGCUACCAGCACAUGCUUGCAAGCUGCCCCUCCCUGCAGGCGGACAUCAUCAAGACUGUGGCUACCAUUCCCGUGCCCCAAGAGCGCCACUCCCACCGGCACCCACACCUCAGGCUACAUCUUCGUGAGCACGGUGAAGGGGAGGACGGCAGGAGAGUGCGACCGCGGCGUGCAGAAUAG